UUUAAAACAAGGUGGAACACCCCUACACAUUUCCGGUCGUUGGGUGGCCGUCCACCGUCUCACAUUUUUCACUAUUAUGUGUUUACGUUCCCAGCUAACUAGAGAUUUGUAAUUAGCUGCGUCUUUUUUCGUAUAUUUAAAAAAUUACACUUGUCGUAGCGGCUAGCCAGAUAACUCAGAAUGAAAAGUAAAUCAGCAGAAAAGUUAGUCCAUGUAGUACCAUGGAUUAACAAAGCAGAAUGGGACCAGGUUCUUGAAUAUAUGUAUUCCAACGAUGCUGUCCUUCAGAAAUAUGCAUUGCAGCGAAUAUCCGCUUGGAAAAGCCGGUUUGGAAGCAGUACUCCUAUUGCUGUCGAAAGCACAGCAGAUCUGGUGCGAUGUCAGGUUUUAGACAGUUCGGGACACCUGGAUGCAGAUGAUCUUGUGCUGCUUUAUGGAACAGCUCUUGUAAGAUUUGUUAAUUUGAUUACUGAACGCAAGCAGAAGAAAGUGGCUACUUCUUUGAGACGGUUAGCUGACAAGAUGAACAUUCCUGAGUGGAUUGUUAACCUCAGGCAUGACAUAACCCACCACAAGUUGCCUACUUUAAAAUUUUGCCGCAAAGGAUGCAAGUUCGUUCUUGCCUGGUUGCAGCAAGAGUAUUGGUCCCGACAGCUAGGCGGCCAACUAGAUGAACACUGGGAUUCCCAGUCAGAUAAAGAGGAAGAGGAUGAUCCCAGUGGGGAAGAUGAACUUGCAAUAAGAAAAAGAGACAAUGCCAAGAAAGCCAGAGAGUUACUGAUUUCCUAUGAAAAUGAACAGUUUCAGACUUUUGAUAAGUUGCAUAAAAAGGGUAGAGAUCAGAAGCAGUGGUGUAGUUCUUCCUCAGAUUUGCACUGGAUCCUCAUUCAAAUCAAAGACUUUGCCAUGGAUUGCAGUGAUGCUUUAAUAGACACACUGCUGAUGGACGGAUACUUAGUCCCUACCAUGGAACAGCUGGAAUCUUUGGACAUCGAUCCAGCCGACACAGUUGACCCGACCGUCCCGUCCAUCCCCCGUCUUUUCCUUCGCUUCUGGCAGCCGCUGCUUAAGGCACUGUUAACCGACUCCUUUGUUUGGUUGUUCCUGGAGAAACUGUUUGCAGAGCUUCACCUUUCCGGGGAAUUUUCCCAGCACAGGACAUGCUACAUUGCAGGGUGGAUUUCAGAGAUCUUCUCUUUCAGCAGCUUCCAAAUCCCAAACACAAAUGCGUCUAAGGGCCAGAAAAAGGCAUGGCUCAGAGACCAGAUAUUUGCAAAGCAAAUAACUUUGCCUUGGAAAAAGCUGUUGAUGAUCUGCCUGGAUGCACCAUGCUUGGCUACUCCGCAUCUUCUCCAGCAAAUCAUGGAGAACAUGGAUCCGCCUUUGCCAGUGGACACACAGAAGAAACUGCUGCGCCUCUGCUGCAUCUACACGCAAGCUGAUGACUUCACUUGUUCUUCAGCAAUGGAAAGGGGGAAUCAGCCUGUAUAUACCUUAGAGAGUCUGCAGAAGAUGCUGUGGCUAAAAUCUAAGGACAGCGCCACUGGUGACAGCCUGUGCCCAGGCGGCACAUUAAGUUCACUGCAGAACACGUCGAUCCCUGUGCCCGUGCCAGAGGUUGCUGAAGACCUACAGGAGCAACUUAGUGCAGAAAUCCUGGCCGAGAGAGCAGCUGCACUCAGAGGUUCUCCUUGGCAAGUCUGUGUAGAUAAUGUGAAGUGGAAACAUUUUCCACUGGGAAAAGUCCCAGGUCAAUCAGAAGAUCCUUCAUACCUGAUGGCAGAAAACUACUCCACCAUGUCUGUGUUUGAUCAGCAUAUAGAAGCUGACAAAGCUGCCCCGCACAGCAAUUUCACUAGCACCUCUGGACAUAUCCGUUCCAGUUCUGACGGCCCUGUUUGGACACACAAUGACCUCAACAAAUUGAAAUCUGGCCUACAGUUGUUUUGAAUAGUGAUCAAGCCAUUCAGUGAUCGAAUAAAGCAGUUAACUUUUCCUCUCUGUUGCAUUUCCCAGUCAUAAUGUUCAAAGUAGCAACUAAAAAUACAGUUUAGCUGUUUUACAGCUUUUUUUUCUGUUUUCAUUGUCAACUUUUUUUGUAGAUAGUAUAUGGAUGGCUUUUUUAUUAUUUGGACAAUAAAACUGCACCUUCUUCAGCAAGCAAGGCAAAAUACAUUUAUUUUUUCUUUUAAAAUGGUUUGUUCAGUUUAAGGCCAAAGCCCCAAGACACUUUUUUUUGUAAUCAAAUAAAGGUCUUUUAAUAAAGA